AUGUCGUCAGAUGAACAGCUCGAUCUUACCAUUGGUGUGCUUGGAACUCAGGUUCCAGCAACUAGCAAGACAAUUACAUGGAAUGAUGGACUUCGGACCGUUCUUCCUACGAUUUGCAAUGAGUCCAAUAAAAAUCUCUGCGACGAAGUUGAUAUCCCCCUCAUUAAAUUCAUGGCGCAAUUCCCACGAUCGAAUACGAACAACACCGCCCAUGUCCAUAUGGCACCUGGUGGGAUUUGCCAGGCUCCUCGUGUCGAUGCCCAGCUACAGGAAAUUCUCGGCAUGAAUAAAUGUGUAGUUAUCAAAGGAGUACCUCACAAUCCAGCGGGAAAGACAUUGACGUUCGAGUACCUCGAUGCUGUAUUUGGAAUCUCACCACAUCGUCCAGUUUGCAUUCAUGAUAUGAAGAAGCGAUGCGAAGAUCAUGUUCAUCCUACCAUCACCGGCUCAAUCGGAUCAUUCAUCGAAUCGAUAAAUGAUACCACGAGCAUACAAUGCAUCCUCGACAUACCACUUGCCCAUGUAUCCCUCCCUGAUGGUCUUAAGUGCGUCGCAACAUUUUGGAAUGUUCUUCACGCAUUCCUAACACUGAGAAUAAGGAUCCUUGAUCAUGGCCUCGUACAUGGUUGGAAUCAAACAACGCACUCAGUCCCUAUUAUCUCAAAGGUCCAUCCCGAAAAUUUCACCAUCAAGGGAUGGGGAUUACUUCAUCAUGCAGGGUUCCUAACUUAUCCACAUCACGAUGCUGAAGGGACGUUGACCUGGGUGAGGAUGGAAGCCGGCCUGAAGCUCUGGGUCAUCUUCCGAUUGAAGAGUCGCAGUACCCAGCGCAUUCAUCUUCAGGAACUUGCAGUGAAACUAACCAACUAUCCUGUACACAAGGACUGGUUACAAAGGAACUGUGAAGGCGAGGUGAUCACACUCCGUCCCGGAGAUCUGUUGAUUCUUCCUCCUGGGAUGGUCCAUGCCGUGUAUACACCGAUACCGUCAUUUGCGACAGGAGGACACUUUUAUAAUUAUUCCUGUAUGCACCUCACGGAGCUUUCACGGUACAUCGAUGCUGAAGUCGCAGAGUCCACGACAAACCAAGCUCUUGAUCAUGCAUUGGAGACCUUGCGUCGGAUGGUGAUUAUGAUUCCAUAUCUUUCUCCGAGAUUGACACUUCGCAAAAGAUGUCUCCUGAGUCUUUGCAUGAUGGCAACGAGAGGCCGACAGUAUCGGGCAAAGGGAAGCAGUCCACACUCUGUAGAGGACACCGAGACUGCUGAACCAAGCGCCGACAUAUCUGACAUCAUCUUUCAAUAUUUUGGUUUGUCGAACCGCAUGCGUCCAGGAGAUAUCUUAUAUGUUGGAAAUCAACAUGACCCAGGAGAUGCGAUCGAUCGUGUGCACCUGCUUCACGCGUUCAAGAAUUCGCUAGUGUUAUAG